GGGGACACGUUUGAAGAGGAGAAAUCGUUGAGCUGCAGCAGAUGGAGGAGACGAAGAAGAUGACGAUGAAGAGGAGAAAAGAGACGAAAUAUGAAGCAGCUCAAACUAUGUCGUUGUGUUAACUGGCUGCUGUGUGAACUCGUUCUGUAAAGUCGACGAGACGACCUCGCCUGGGGACAUUAGAGAGACGCCAUUCUGCCCGUUGGAGGUUAUUGUUGUGUUACAGAGCAUUGCUUUAACACAUCUGAUACUGCCUGUCUCUCUACUUGUCUCUCUCUCUCACUGACAGGAAGUGGGUGACUGAGUUCAGGUGAGGUCUUGGUGGGUGGGGCUUAGCCCCCUCAGCCACCAUAUGAUUGGCUGUUGGUGAUGAUCGCAACCGGUGGCCUCCUGCGGAUCAACGCACGACGACAAGAUUCACUGAAAAACAAAUCACAAAAAGAACACACACACAAGAAGAAGAAAAAGAAGAGGAGGAGUGAGGUGGUCGUGGUGAAGGGGAAGUUGAAGGUCUUUUCAGUCUCUGGUCUGGUGGCGGCUCUCGGCAUACUGGUUCUGUUGGUGGGUGUUGUCAUGGCCGCCCUGGGUUACUGGCCUCGAGAAGGACUGUUCUUCAGCGCACGACCACAAGAGGGCGCUGCCAUGGCAUCAGUGUCUACCAGCAGGGCACCUGUAGACGUCCAGGUGAGACGGGAGGGGGCAGUAGAACAUGGGGGGGAGAGGGGGGAGGACAGAGCUGAGAAAGUCUACAGAGGGGGAGGAGUCGACAGAGGGGGAGGAGGAGGGGAUGAAGAUGGAAGAGUGGGGGUCGGUUUUAAUCAAACAGAAAAAAUCAACGGUACAUCUGGACAUCGCCCACGAGGCUUCCUGGAGGAUUUCCUGGACAGGUAUCUGUACUCUGAUAGGCUGAAGGUCUUAGGCCCUCUCAUCAUGGGCAUCGGUAUCUUCCUUUUCAUCUGUGCGAACGCCGUCCUGCACGAGAACCGCGACAAGAAGACCAAAGUGAUCAACCUUCGGGACAUUUACUCGACCGUCAUCGACCUCCACAGCCUCCGCAAACCCAAUGCCUCCUCUGGCUCCUCCCACAAUCCCCUCAAUGGCCUCAUUAACUACGUCCAAUCAAAGAGCCUGGAGACCAAGCCCCGCCAAUACCCAGCCUCUUUGAUGAACAGGAGGGAGGGAGGGGGAGGAGGGGAGGGGGGCGGGGCCCAUGAUACAGAGGGAGGAGACUCAGUGUUCAGUAUCUACCAGGAGGAGGAAGCUCCUGCUCCCCCUCCCUCCUCUGACAGACUCUCCCUCCCCCCAAGCUUCAGCCCCCCCCUACCUUCCACCUACUGGACCUCCUUUCAGAAGGAGGCACAAGGCUCCUUCACCCUCCCCCUCCGCCACCCACGCCCUCCCCCCUCCCACAGGAGGCACUCAGCUAGGGCAGGGAUGGGCAGGGGUUGGGGCACAGGGGGGGAAAAGGAGCAGAGGAUGGAGGAGGGAGGCCACAGAGGGGAGGUGGAGGAGAUGUUUUUGCAUCCACCACAUCCUCUGUGCGCCUCCACUCCCCCCCUGCUGAGACCCGGUCAGGGAUCAUCUGGACUUUCCUGCAGCUCCUCCAGUCUCAACAGGGGGCCACCAGGAGGCUCCCAGGCCAUGCUUCUCCUCUCCUGCUCCUCCCUCACCCCCUCCCACCUUUCCCUAUCAUCUCUGUCUCACCUCCUCUCCUCUUACUCCUCCACACUAGUCCCACCCUGCAGGAGGCGGAGCCUCCCGAGCAGCAGCGCUGCAGGUUACAGCAAACUGACACAAGGAGAAGACGAAUCGUUUGAGUCAACUGAGAUGACAUCAUUACAUCUUAUGAAAUCACAAGAGGGGGGUCAAUGGUCAGGAGAAGUGACAUCACACAGGAAGUUCUCCAACAGAGAGAAGCUCAGGAUGAUCUCGCAGGCCGACGACCAAUCAGGAGUCAGAGAACCACAAGUCGGAGGUCAAGUUUGAUGACAUCAUCAUCCAAUAAGAAGGAACUGUUAUUUUGGAUAUAAAAUGUAUUUUCAUUUUAAUAACCUGUUUUGACUGGGAUUAACUUGUUAACUCCAAAGAUUAACUCGUUGACUAGGAGGAUUAACUCGUUGACUUGGAAGAUUAACUCGUUGACUUGGAAGAUUAACUCGUUGACUAGGAGGAUUAACUCGUUGACUUGGAAGAUUAACUCGUUGACUUGGAGGAUUAACUCGUUGACUUGGAAGAUUAACUCAUUGACUUGGAGGAUUAACUCGUUGACUUGGAAGAUUAACUCAUUGACUUGGAGGAUUAACUCGUUGACUAGGAGGAUUAACUCGUUGACUUGGAAGAUUAACUCGUAGGUGGAACUCUGUCAGUUCUUAGCUCAGCUGACUGAGUAACAAAGAGAAUAUCAAACUUCAUAUUUACUGCAAAUGUUUUUCUAUCAAAUGUUUGAUCAGCUGACGUUUGACCAACAGUUGAUGUUUGGGGUUUGGCGGCUCGAUGUGUCUGUAUGGCGUUCAGUGUUUGAUGAACUGCUCCUGUGAAAUAAACUGUGGCGUGAUUGGACACUGUGAGUCAAGCGUACAGUUUCCAUCCUGAGUCGUCAGUAUUUAGAACAUCCAACAGUUUGAGUCAGAAUCCUGUAGACUCUGGAUUCUCUGUUGUUGAUCAAACAGGAAGUGUUUAGUUUCAAACAAACUCAUGUUUGAUGACUGCAAUCAAUUCGACAACAGUCAUGUUACGAAGAGCCUGAUGUAUAGAGAAGAGUUUCAUCUGCAUAAAGUUGAACAUCACAGCUCAAGGAGAGAUAUGGAGAAUAAAAGAGGACUAAGAAUAGAGCCCUGAGGAACACCUGGAGAAUUUGGAGAACGUCCAUGUAGUCGUGUACUGUAAUACAGUACAUUAUGUCUGUUGGAUUUUUAUUUAUUUAAAUGAUUUGAUAAAUGGAUGUUAUGCCCCUCCCCCUAGAGGCUUCAACAAGUCACCACUAGUUCAAAGAUGACUCUGAUGGAAUCUUUGAUCUUGAUAAUUACACUUACAAUAUAUCAACUAACGCUCUAAAUUUGUAUUCUGUGACUUCAGGAGUUUUUUAGAUGAACAGUGCGUAUAAGAGGGCUAAAUAAGUUCAUCAUUUGUACCUGUGAAUGUCACCUGUGACCUCAGAAUGCGUCAAACACCUGUUCAGUUUAAUGUUUGAGCCAUAACUUCCAUCAGCAUGUAACAAAACUAUAACCAGAGGUUUAAACUCAAAGUAUUUUAUUUUAAAAUUCUCCUGAGGGAAAGUUUUCCUUCACAACGUCUUCCACCUAAACUGAACCAGGAUCAACCCAACACUACAACGUCCAAUCAGCUGAAGGUCUAACAGUUUGUUUGC